GGUCUGGGGGGUUUUCCCUCCCCAGAUCUGCAAAGGGACCCCCCAGCACGAGGAGAUCUGCCUGGGGCUCUUCACCCUGGUCCUGACCGAGCCAGCCCAGGCACAGAAGUGCUACCGGGACCUGGCUCUGGUGAGCCGGGAUGGGAUGAACAUCGUCCUCAACAAGAUCAACCACAUCCUGAUGGAGAAGUACCUGAAGCUGCAGGACACCUGCAGGACCCAGCUGGUGUGGCUGCUGCGGGAACUGGUGAAGAGCGGAGUGCUGGGAGCUGAUGGAGUCUGCAUGACCUUCAUGAAGCAGAUUGCAGGUGGGGAUGUGACUGCCAAGAACAUCUGGCUGGCAGAGAACGUUCUGGAGAUCCUGACAGAGCAGAGGUACAAACCUGCCAUCCUGGUCAUGCACCACUCCAUGAAGCCCCACCCGGCCAUCACGGCCACGCUGCUGGAUUUCAUGUGCAGGAUCAUCCCCAAUUUCUACCCCCCUCUGGAGGCCCACGUCCGGCAGGGCGUGUUCAACUCCCUCACCCACAUCGUGGAGAAGCGAGUCCUGGCGGGAGGCCAAUCCCCCGUUCUGCCCGUUCCAGGGAAGAAGAGGGAGUUCAGGUUCCAUCCCAUCAAGGAAUCCAUCGUGGAGGAGCCCGUGGACAUCACCCCCUUCCUGGAGCAGCUGGACGAGUCCCUGAAGGACAAAGUGCUGCAGCUGCAGAAGGGCAGUGACACGGAGGCGCAGUGCGAGGUCAUGCAGGAGAUCGUGGACCAGGUCCUGGAGGAGGAUUUUGACUCGGAGCAGCUCUCGGUGCUCGCCUCGUGCCUGCAGGAGCUGUUCAAGGCGCAUUUCCGCGGGGAGGUGCUGCCGGAGGAGAUCACCGAGGAGUCCCUGGAGGAGUCCGUGGGGAAGCCGCUGUACCUGAUAUUCCGGAACCUGUGCCAGAUGCAGGAGGACAACAGCGGCUUCUCUCUGCUGCUGGACCUGCUGUCCGAGCUCUACCAGAAGCAGCCCAAGAUCGGCUACCACCUGCUCUACUACCUGCGGGCCAGCAAGGCGGCGCUGGGCAGGAUGGGGCUCUACGAGUCGUUCGCCCAGGCCACGCAGCUGGGGGAGCUGCACACCUGCCUGAUGAUGGACAUGAAGGCGUGCCAGGAGGACGACGUGCGCCUGCUCUGCUUCCUGACGCCCUCCAUCUACAGCGAGCUGCAGGAGCUCGUGUGCCACGUGAUGAUGGGAAACCUCGUCAUGUUCCGCAAGGAUUCCGUGCUCAACAUCCUCAGUGAGUGACUCGGGGAGUGGGA